CCAAAAUCUCAAAUCAACACGGAGAAGCAAUGGGUUUGGGAGGAUUUCCGAACCUCAGGCUCGGACUCAGGUCCGGACAAAUACUUUUCGGUUUUCUACUCUCUACUUAGCUGCAAACACAGAGGAGCUGUUUACAGUAUCUUGUAGUGCGAUUUGCAGAUCGAUUUCAAGAACAAGAACUCAGGCGUUGAGAAUUAGGUUUGGGUUUUCAAUCGAGUAAGGAAAUCAUGUCAGAUUACGAGGAUUCGAAGGAUGAAUCUCUGAUUGAGAAGAUACACGAUCACAAGAGUUCAUCAUCAUCAUCUUCUUCUUCUUCAGACUCCGAGGAUGAUAGUAAGCUGGCAUCUAUCAAAUCGAACGUGUUCCGUCUCUUCGGAAGAGAAAAGCCUGUUCAUAAGGUCUUCGGCGGUGGAAAACCUGCUGAUGUGUUCUUAUGGAGGGACAAGAAGUUAUCUGGUGGAGUUCUAGGUGUUGCAACUGCUAUUUGGUUACUUUUUGAAGUAUUGGAGUACAAUUUUCUGCCUUUGAUGUGUCACGCAUUGAUCCUUUCCCUCUCAGUAUUGUUUUUGUGGUCUAAUGCCUCAACCUUCAUUAAAAAAUCUCAUCCACAGAUUCCAAAAAUUUACAUCCCAGAAGAACCCCUUAUGCAAAUUGUAGCUAUGUUGAGGAUUGAGAUAAAUCAAGGUUUUGCAACAAUACAAGAUAUUUCAUCAGGAAAAAAUCUCAAGAAGUUUUUAUUGGUUAUUGCUGGCUUAUGGAUAGUAUCAAGCAUAGGCAGCUGUUGCAACUUCUUAACUCUGGUCUACACAUUAUUUGUUUUGGGGUUCACUGUGCCUGUGAUAUACGAGAAAUAUGAAGAUAAAAUAGAUCCAUUUGGUGAGAAAGCAUGGAUUGAGAUCAAGAAACAAUACACAGUAUUUGAUGAAAAAGUGAUAAGUAAGAUCCCAAAAUCAUUGAAAAACCAGAAGAAAGAAUAGGGUUUAUGGUAUAGCUACACUUUGACUGAUUUGUUAAAUUGUUAGAUGUUUGUGUUUUUUUUUUUUUUUAUAUUGUUUUUAAAAGUACAAUUUCUGGGUUUAU